AUGGUGGUGCUGCAUGUGGAGCAGGUGCUGCCGGGAGAAAGCGGCGCGACCUCGUCCCAACCGAGAUGGCGGCAUUCCAAGCUGCAGGUUGUCGACCUGGCUGGCGCUGAGCAUAUGCUGUCAGGCGACGCGCUUCGACAACGAGGCCCUGCACCGAUCAACCACGAUCUUUCUGCGUUGGCCGACAUGAUUGAGACACUUGCAAAAGGCGAACGUGACGGUCCCUCUCAGAGACAUUACCGCGACAGCAAGCUCAGCUGGCUCCUCUCAGAGUCUUUGAUGGGGAGUUGUCGAACUGCCAUGGUCACGUGCGUUUCGCCCGCCUCUCGACGUGUGGACCUCACCAGUUCGUCGCUGCGCUUCGCAGAGAUGGUGCAGAAAAUCCACACGCGACCCACCCGCAAUGAAGAAGUCCACGGGGACUUGGUUCAGACGCUGCGUGGUGAGAUCUGCUUACUGCGGCACAGGCUAGACCAGUGCAGCCCUGAGCAGAUAAGGGACUUGGAAGAGCAGCUGCAUGCCGCGCAGUAUUUGGAGGACGAGUUCUCGGCUUCUUUCGAAGAGCUGCAGGUGAGGGCAAGCGCGGCAGACGAACAACGCCGUCGAACGUUGCGACAGCUUGGGCUGCAAGUUGGUGAGAAGCUCGGGGAGCAGAAGGUGAGCGACGGCUUCAUCUACGUCGUCAAUGUGUCACUGGACCCUCUUCUGUCUGGCUGCCUCACGUGGACGAUGACUCCAGGGGAGCAGCUGCGCAUUGGCAGCGAUCCAAGCUGCGAAAUCUGCGUGGACGGGCUGGGAGUUCAGGCGGAGGUCUGCUCUUUGCGAUGCGCUCAUGCUAGUCGAUUGGAAGUGGUUCCGCAGCUUGUGAAUCACACGGCCAAGACCCAGGAUGGCAUGAGCGUGAGAAGGAGCCUCUUCAAGCGCGCGGGGCCAGUGUUGGUCAACGGCCAGGCAGUGGAGGCUGCGUUGGCACUUCGAAGUGGGGACGUUUUGCGAGUCGGCUGGGCACACUUUUUCAGGGUGCUCAUCCCCAUGUGCGCCUCGGAGAACGACCGCCGACUAGGGCCACGCCCAGAGGACACCCUCGCAAUCGAGACGACGUAUGGCUUCGCUUUCUCGAAGGAUGCCGAGCAACUCACGGAACGCCUCGGCGCUGACAGAGCUGCGCAGGUCCUUGGUGGGUUGAAGGACUUGAAGCUCGCGGUGGAUGAGGCCAAUGAGCUCACGCAGGAGCUUCGAGGCGGUGACCACGAGGAGCUUGUGUUCAAGGGGCACCUUCUGACCGACCCCUUGGACAGCACCGAGGCGGCGACGGUGGUUGUCUCCCUCCGACGUGCAGAGCGUCAGCCACACUUCGGCAAGGACAGCGUGGGCUCCAAUGGUGAAGUCAGGGGCGAAGUGGUUGCAACUUGGACGCUUCCCGACUUCCAGCAUCGACUGGAGGUCAUGAGGGAAAUCUACGACGAGGUGUCGCUGCGUGAUGAGCCGUGGGGAGAACCAGGCGACUUAGACCCCUGGCAGGCCCAGAGCUCCAUCCCCGUUUUCGGAGCCAAGGAGCCCGAAGGCCCUCACCCCGAAACCGCGGCCCGCACCGUGCAAGAGGUCGCGUCUCGUCAAGUAUCGAAGCAGCUUACCUCUGCCACAUCAGCAAGCACUGGGACAGAGAGCGAUGAGCCGCGGAUGGACCUAGCUGCAAUUCUGCAGCAGUUGCCGCAGCUGCAUGCAGAGUUGGCCAAGGCUUAUGAAAUACAGGGCGUCCAGGCCUCUGAGCUUGUCUCCGUGCGACGUGAGAUCGAGGACUUGCGUCUGAAUCUGGCCAAGGCAACCCCGUCUCCGGCUCGGAGGCCCGGUGAUCCCUCGAGGAGUUCAGGCACACUUUCACCUCUGCGAGGUGAGGAGAUGCCGCUGCUGUCCAAGUCGAAUUUGGUUCCCUCGCACCAGCCCCAUGAAAGCACAGCUUCAUCUACGGCUGCGGUCCGUGAGAUGCCCGUGGAGAGGUCUGCGACCAGAGCCUCAACGCCCCGCCGGCCCCCCGCGCCGGUUUGGCGAGGUGCUGAGGGCCCUCGAGUACUCAGCUCGCCGACGGGGGCCAGCAAUGGGCCCUUGGCCUCCAGCCACGGUGGUUCUCCAUUGGCAGAGGCGCAGGUUCUGUCUCCGAAGAGUGCGAAGAGCGAGCAAUUCGAGGCUUCAAUGCAGAGCGAAGACCCUUGUUCACAAGGUAGUACUCUUGUGAAAGAUGUGAGCUUCGCUGCUGGUAUUCCUGACACCAUCAAGUACUACGUUUCCCCACAGUCGCUGGCGUCGGCAUGCCCAGGCGGCGCGCUCAACCAGCACAUCACUCAGACGGAAGUCGUGUCGCACCAGCUAUCACAGAUGAACUUGGAGGUGAAUGCAGGCGUUGCCUCACCAUUCAGGCUGGGCACAAGGGAUGUACCCUGCAACUCGAAGAAGAAGGUAGCUUCCCUGAAGGAGGCUACAGGAAAGGAAGAGCCCUGGGAAGGGCUAGGCAGCGAUGCGGCAGCCAGGAUCGCCAUCCUCUUCGGCAAGUCCGCAUCAGCUUCUUUCCACUCAAAGUGGGAGGUCCUGCUGGGGCAGGGAGAGGUACAGAACUGGAUGAAGAGCACCCCCGGGCAUGACGUGCAGAUGCGGUAUCCUGGGGAGUGGAAGUUUGCUGGUGGAGUCGUAGAUGCGGACGAGACGCCAGAGGAGGCUGCACGCAGAGAGCUGGAGGAGGAGUUUCAGGUGCCGGUGGCGCUCACCAAGGCGACCUGCAAGCUGCGGCUCAUGAGCAUUAAGCAGACAAGGCCCAUCCGCAACAUCUCGAACAUCAUGUUCAACUACGUGGCUGCAGCCGAGGAGAAUCCAUGGCUCCAGCUUCUUGAUGUUGAGGCGCUUGCAUGA